AUGGCGGCGCUGGUGCUGCUGCUGCUGGCGGCGCUGGGCGGGCGGGCCGUGCUGCCGGGCGGGCGCUGCGCGGCGCCGCUGGCCGACCUGCGCUCGCAGAUCUCGGGCGUGGAGACGCUGCUGGAGGAGUUCCGCCGGCAGCUGCAGCAGGAGGAGCCGGGACCGCCGGCGACAGCGGGCGGAGGAGGGGGCGGCGAGGAGCGGUGCGGCGGAAGCGGCGGCUUCUCCGCCAGGCCCGACUCCAUCAUCCGCACCAAGGAUUCCAUCGCGGCCGGCGCCACCUUCCUGCGGGCGCCCGGCGCCGUGUCGGGCUGGCGGCAGUGUCUGGACGCCUGCUGCGCCGAGCCGCGCUGCACGCUGGCCGUGGUGCAGGGGCCCGGCCGCCCGCGGGGCACGGCUGCCGAGCCGGGCUGCUACCUCUUCAACUGCACGCACCGCGGCCGCCCCGUCUGCCGCUUCGCCCCGCACCGCGGCUACAGCUCCUACAGCCGCCGGACCGCCGGCAUCGCCCCGCCGCCCACGGAAGAAGAAUAUGAUGAGCCUCCACAGUGUAAGGCAGGCCAAGACAUUGUGCUGCAGUCACCUGUGGACUGGGUGCUUUUGGAUGGACGAGAAAGUUCCGAUGACCAUGGAAUUGUGCACUACGAGUGGACACUGCUGCAGGGUGACUCAUCGGUUGAAAUGCAGGUACCACAGCCAGGAACACUGAAACUGUCCCACAUGCAGGAAGGUGGGUAUAUUUUCCAGCUAACAGUGACAGACACUGCAGGUCAGCGGAGCUCUGACAACGUCUCUGUGACUAUUCUGCCCAUGGUUCAUUCUGCAGCAGCCUGUGUUGGGGUUUGCUCUCGCUACCAGUUUAUCUGUGAUGAUGGCUGCUGCAUUGACAUCACGUUUGCGUGUGAUGGUGUGAGACAGUGUCCUGAUGGAUCAGACGAGACUUUCUGCCAGAAUCUCAGCUCGGGUCGGAAGACGGUGACACAUGCAGCUCUUGGCACUACCCAGCAAAGGACUGCAGGACUGACUGAAAACACAGAGGAGAACUCUGCAGAGAACACCCUGAAAGCCACUGCCAGAAAUCAGCCACUUCUCUCAGUGGAUGCAGACAUGUCUAACCAAUCGCUUUCUCAGGGACCAAAGAAACAAAUCAGUGGAUUUGUGCCAGAUAACAGUUCCUCAGGGAAAAGAACAGAUGAUAAAAAUGGGGAUGGCAUAAUGAUGCCAAAGAGAGAUCAGGUUGGAGGUGGUCAUCCAAUCCCAGAAACAGGUGCUGUGUUACCCUUAGCCUUAGGCUUGGCAAUCACUGCUUUGCUGCUGCUUAUGGUUGCUUGCAGACUGCGCUUAGUGAAACAGAAGCUCAAAAAAGCUCGGCCCAUUACAUCUGAAGAGUCUGAUUACCUCAUCAAUGGGAUGUAUCUCUAAAAACUGGAUUUGGGUCGGUUGUUUUCUCCCCUUUCUCCUGUGUCCAUGAAUCUCUGCCUCUAUGAAAGGACCAAAAUCCGUAGUUUAUUUUCAAGUGUAGAAGAAGCCUAUGAGAUGAAGAACAUACUCUUCCCCUUCGGUGAUAAUAUAAAAAGUGGGUAGAUGUCCUUGCUCAGAAAAUAAGAAACAUUCAGGCUCCAGAGAGUAGCUCCAGUUGAUUGUUGUGCAGAAGACACUGCAAGGUGAGGAGACCCCAAACUGGUUGUGGGGUGCCCUUUCCCUCCUCACAGCAGUUGGGAUCUCAGCCAGGGCUGAGUGCACCCCAGGGCCCAGGCACUGGAGCAGUCAAGGCUCCACAGCCCGGCUGUGUUGGCCAAGGUGUGGAGAGAAGCCUGUGCCACCUUGCUCUUCUCAGUGCUGCCACCACUGUGGGGACCAGGAUGCUCCAGCCAACAUGUUCCUUCACCAUCCAGCAGAGACCAGUUGUGUUCUUUCCACCUGAUGCACUGGGAGUAUUGUCUUUAAAGAAUGUAUCUUGUUAUGUUAAUUAAAAGCAAUUGCUAUCCAAGCACCAGCUUUUGCAAAGAAAAUUGGGAUUUAAGGAAGAAGGUAUCUUAUUUUCACUCGGUUUAGACUUCUGUGCUGCUAGCAGACAGCCAUGCUUGCUAAAUGCAGAAAUGAAAAAAUGCACUCCUCAGCGGAUGAGCUUGGACUUCCCAGUGCUCAACAGCAGUCAUGUACUGCUGCCCAGAGAAGCUGUGGAUGCCCCAUCGCUGG